AUGUCGAACAUGAUUCAUGGUUACUCCUCUUUGAAGCCCCUCAACAAUCAUAUGAUUAACGUGACAGAUGAGCAAGCGGCUACUAUAGGAGGGAGAAUGGCCGCUGGUAAAAAAUGCUCUACCAAUGUACAUUUGAGAAAAGCUGCUGGAGUUAUUUGGAAUGACCCUACCCUCGAAGAUUGGCCAAAAAAUGACUAUCGCAUAUUUUGUGGAGACCUAGGAAAUGAAGUAACAGAUGAAAUAUUAGCUAACGCCUUUAAAAGAUACCCUUCAUUUCAAAGAGCCCGGGUAGUUAGAGAUAAUAACUCUGGAAAGACGAAAGGAUACGGGUUUGUAUCCCUCUUAAACCCUGACGAUAUGCUUAGAGCACUGAAGGAAAUGAACAACAAAUUUGUAGGAAAUCGCCCUAUUCGUGUUAUGCGAAGCAAGUGGAAGGACCGAGAUAUAAAUUCUGAAAAGAACAGAGAGACCGCGAAGCUAUAUAAGGUUGUCAAGGAGGAUGACAAAUCAAUACGCAAAUUUAAAAAACUCGGCAAGUCUGUCACAGGAGGAAAGAGAUCAAACUUAAUAUACGAGCCCCGUGUAUUUAAAAGGCACAAAAUCUAUUUGAGCACUGGCUCAACCAAUAAAUUGGAUAACGUGCCUAACAUACCACAAAAUCACAUUCUUGAUAAUAUUUAA